UAGCAUCAGCAAUCCCAUGGUUUAUAAAUAAUUGGUUUCACCUCUGUAUUUUGGAUUGAAAAGAGGCCAGGUAGUAAAGAUUACCAGACCCAGUGAGACUGCUGGACGACAUCCCCUACAGGCUGGUCCAGUGAGGAUUUCAAUGUAUGUUGCUGCAGUGUCUGGCUAAGGAACAGUGAGCCACUACUGAGCCAAUAAAACUCAGUUCACUUAUGUAUUAUUCUACAGCUGGCCUCAUCCCUUUGGAUGAAGCUGGGCUUUUGUUCCUUUUUUGUAAAGUUUCGUAAGUUUUGUUCAAUAAAUCCUUAGACAUCUAAAAAUAUAAAUAAGUGAGUUACAGCGUGCUGUAGCCUACUUUCAGUUUCGCACUUCACCAAAGUAAGAAUACUUUCAUUUUCACUCCACACCCUUUUCUUUUCCGACGGGCUGUAAAAGACGACCUAUUGUCUCUUUCAGGAAUAAUGGAGACUGGACCAGACAGUCUGUUUUUGACUCUCCUGCUUCUCCUCCACAGUUCACACUCUGUAUCUGAGAGGUUUGAGGUUCUUGGUCCAUCUGAUUCCAUUGUUGCUGUGGCUGGUGAUGACAUCAUUCUGCCCUGUUACCUCAAACCCAACAUCAGUGCUGAGGACAUGACAGUGGACUGGCUGAACCUGGACUUCUUAGACGGUCGUGUCUUUCGUUACCAAAACCACAGAAUCAUACGAGAGGAUCAGAUUCUCUUCUAUAGAGGAAGAACUUCACUGUUUGAAGAGGAACUAUGGAGGGGCAACACCUCAUUGAAACUGACCAGGGUACAAGGCACUGAUGAGGGACGUUACAAAUGCUUAAUUCAGGCAAAGAGCUGGUAUGAUGAUUUCACUGUUCAAGUCCUCGUUAAAGCUGUAGGAUCCAAGCCAGUGGUGUCCAUUGAGGGACACAGAGAGGGAGGGAUGGGUCUGCUGUGUGAAACAAAAGGCUGGCACCCUGAGCCUGAGCUGGUGUGGCUGAACAGUAAAGGAGUCCAUCUCUCUGCUGGUCCUCCUGAGAUACAUAGAGACUUAGAUGGAUUCUACACAGUCAAACAACAUGUCAUUGUCCAGGAGACUGACACCAACCGCUUUACCUGCAGAGUCCAACAGAGCCAGAUCAAUGAGAAGAUGGAGACAGAGAUUCACCUCCCUAUUGUCGGAUCCAAGCCAGUGGUGUCCAUUGAGGGACACAGAGGGGGAGGGAUGGGCCUGCUGUGUGAAACAGAAGGCUGGCACCCUGAGCCUGAGCUGGUGUGGCUGGACAGUAAAGGAGUCCAUCUUUCUGCUGGUCCUCCUGAGAUAGAUAAAGACUCCAAGGGAUUCUACACAGUCAAACAACAUGUCAUUGUCCAGGAGACUGACACCAACCGCUUUACCUGCAGAGUCCAACAGAGCAGGAUCAAUGAGAAGAUGGAGACGGAGAUUCACCUCCCUAGUGAGUUAUUUGAUCCAACCCCAUUGAGAAUGGCCUUCAUUGUGUUAUGCUGUCUGGGAGCCAUCGCUGUGAUUGGUUUAUCUCUGGCUAUCUACUGCAUAUGUUAUAAGAAAGAUGACCUCACUAGGAAGCUAGAUUACCUCACUGAGAAUCGAGAUGUCCUCAGGAAGGAGAAGGAAAUCCUGACUUCUCAGCUGGAUUUUGAAACCAUCAGAAGACAUGCAGUGGAUGUGACUCUAGACCCUGAUACUGCACAUUGUAAACUUAUCCUGUCUGAUGACGGGAAACAAGUGAGACAUGGAGAACUAGAUCAGGUUCUCUCUGACAACGGGAAGAGGUUUACAAAUUGGUCCUGUGUCCUGGGAAAUGUGGGCUUCUCAGGGAAGUUCUACUAUGAGGUGAAGGUGGAGGGGAAGACUGAGUGGACUUUGGGGGUGGUCAUACAGUCCAUCAAUAGGAAUGAGAGUUUUAUACCAAUGCCUAAUAAUGGAUACUGGACUGUGGAGCUGAAGGAUGGAGAGUGCACAGCUAAUGCAGAUUCCCCUCUCACCCUCUUACUGAGAGAGAAGCCCCUGAAAGUGGGGGUGUUUGUGGAUUAUGAGAAGGGACAGGUCUCCUUCUACAAUGUGGAGGACAGGUCUCAUAUCUACUCUUUCACUGGCUGUACCUUCACUGAGAAACUCCAUCCAUUCUUCAACCCUGGUGGUUCAGAUAGUAUUCCACUGGUCGUCUGUCCUGUGGAUGCCACUGACUGACUGUUUUAAAUCAAACAAGGUGCAAUUGUUAUUUGUGAAAUGCUUGUUACUCUGCUAAUGUGCAGUAAAUAUACUGUAUAUAAUUUUUAAAAAAGUGCUGAACAAGUAGUUAUAUUGACAACGUCCGUCCUAGCUCGCUCAUUUAUGUCUUAAUCGAAAUUAUGGAUUGUCUCUUAUCCGCUCCUCGUUCCCUUAUGCCAUAGUUUGUACAUCUCAAUUGUCAGUAGAAACCACAUUUGUUUAAACAAGUCAGCCAUAUGAGCUAUAUUUUUUAAGAAGGCAGUAAAUGAGGCUGAUUUUUUUUUGUACCUUUUAUUUAACUAGGCAAGUCAGUUAAGAACUCAUUCUUAUUUCCAAUGACAGCCUAGGAACAGUGGGUUAACUGCCUGUUCAGGGGCAGACCGACAGAUUUGUACCUUGUCAGCUCAGGGGUUUGAACUUGCAACCUUUCGGUUACUAGUCCAACGCUCUCACCACUAGGCUACCCCGUUUCACUGCCAGACAUGGCUCCGCUGAUAGCCAGGUGUAAGGUGUUGGGACUGCUGAUGGGACUCUGCUGAUGGGACUCUGUUGAUGGGACUCUGCUGUUGGGACUCUGCUGUUGGGACUCUGCUGUUGGGACUCUGCUGUUGGGACUCUGCUGUUGGGACUCUGCUGAUGGGACUCUGCUGUUGGGACUCUGCUGAUGGGACUCUGCUG